AUGAAAAUUUGUCAGAUGAUGAUUUUUACCGAAAAACAUUUUCUCAAGAGAGAGACGGUCGAAGAUAUUGUGAUUAAAGAAAGUGAUUUUUCCGAUAGUGAAGACGAUGUUCCCCUUUCAACUCUCAUUGCAGCAAACAAGGCAAAGGAAAAAAACAAGGUUUGUUUUGAUUGGGAAGAUAAACAGUUGAGGGUAUCUGAUGAAGACAUAUUAUUCAAAGGAUCUCACUCCUUAGGAAAAGAUAUUUUGAAAAAUCGUGUGCCAGAUUGCGAAUUUCCUAAGGAAUCUAUGAUGAAGAAAAAAGGUAGAGGUACAAUUAUGGAGAGAGUUGCUCAAGUCGAUGGCGUAGAUGUUUCAGUAGUUUCCUGGUAUGAUAACAAAAUAAUUACCACGGUAUGA